GCUCAGGAUCUCAGGACGGGAACAUGUGAGCAGGGAAUGGGCGACUGGAAACAGGAUUAUUGUUCUACACAGCAGAGAGACGCAGGAGGGCCCGGGACAGGAGAGACACGGGGACACUGUGACAAACCAGGGGAGAUUUUUGUUUUCCUUUUUUAAUUUUUGAAGAAAUCGUGGACAUAUCUGGCCAAAGAUGAACACCAUUGUGUUUAACAAGCUGAGCAGCCAGGUCCUGUUUGAGGAGAAGGCGAAAGAGGUGGAAAUGAGCAGCAGAAAUUAUCUAGAAGUGAUCGAGGGGCAACAUCCGGACCUCCUCUCCAGCAACCACGGCAUCAGAGACAACCAGGCCAUCAGACACAGGCGGAACGGGGGUCGUCCCGGCGGCGGGAAAGUGCGACACAAGCGUCAGGCCCUGCAGGAUAUGGCGCGGCCGCUCAAGCAGUGGCUCUACAAGCACCGAGACAACCCCUACCCCACCAAGACGGAGAAAAUCCUGCUGGCCCUCGGCUCGCAAAUGACCCUGGUUCAGGUAUCCAACUGGUUUGCGAAUGCCAGGAGGCGACUGAAGAACACGGUGAGGCAGCCAGACCUGAGCUGGGCGCUGAGGAUCAAACUCUACAACAAAUAUGUCCAGGGCAAUGCGGAGAGGCUGAGCGUCAGCAGUGAGGACAGCUGCUCAGACGAUGGUGACAACCCUCAGAGGACACAGAGCAGCCCCGAGGAGCUCAACAAGCCCAUGUACCCGGGCGUGAUCAAGAAGGAGGGGUCCUCCAUGGUGGGCAUGGGUAUGAAUAUGAGUAUGGGCAUGGCCAUGGGUAUGGGCAUGGGUAUGAGUAUGGGCAUGGGCAUGGGCAUGGGAGCGGGCCUGCGCUCUGCCGCCUCAAUGACCGAGGACUACGUGUCUCCACCCAAGUACAAGAGCAGCCUGCUGCACCGCUACCUGAACGACUCUCUGCGCCACGUCAUGGUUGCCAACGCCGUCAUGGACGCCCGCAAGAGGAACCACUCCGGCUCCUUCAGCUCCAACGAGUACGACGACGAGCUGCUCUCGCCGUCCUCCUCCGAGGCCGAGGCCAACUUUGUUUAUCGUGCUGAAACCACAGACCAUGGAUCAAGUAAAUGUGACAAUAGCAGCGUUGGCGUAGGACUUGCGCAAAAGGAAAGAGUGAAGGGCAAGGACGAGACGUACUGGAGAGAGAUCAACGCCGCCAUGGCCUUGACCAAUUUGGCGCAGGGUAAGGACAGCGCCUGCGGGACCACCAGCUGCAUCAUCCAGAAGUCCUCCCAUAUAGCAGAGAUCAAGACUGUCAAAGUGCCGAUGAUGCAUAAAUAUUAGUGCUGACAUCAUCCUCCCAUCUCUCUAUGCAAACCAGCAAACAUUCCUGUUUCACCAAACUUACCGGAGUCCAAUUAAACUCCCAAAGAAGUGAAAAGAGAACUGUCGUUUACAGAGGGGGCGAGGAAGUCCGGAACACAAAGAGAACUCGUUCUUUUUUGUAUUGGUGUAUCUGAAAAAGUACACAAGGGGCCUUGACCAUCAUUUUCUUUGCUGGGUUGAAAGACAAACGUUGAUGAGUUUCACUGCAGUAUUUCUUAAGACAAGACACUUUUGUAAUGUUAACUUAUUUUUGAUGAGUAUGAUUGUUUUAUGUCCUACUUUUUUAUUCUACAAAAAAAAAUGUGUAUUUUGCCAAAAGUGCCUUUGUUAUUUAGACAAAUAACUUGCCGACUGUGGUCAAUGCAAAGUACAGAUAAUGAUGUGCCUCUUUGGAAUAUUUUAGUAUGUUAGGUCAUGAUUCAGGAUUGGUUUUGUGAAUGAAACCUACCUACAGUAUUACAGCCUGUGCCUUAAGGACUGAAUGAGCUCACCAUCUAAGGCACUGACACACACACGCUCUCAAUAUUUCGCUUAAAGGCAUUGCGCCUAUUUUGACUGGAGUCUUCAUUUUGACUGUAAACCAAUCACUGUUUUGUCUUAGCCAGCCCUUUGCUGCUGGCAGGCCAACAAUAACUGUUGGAUACGAACGUAGAUAAGUUGCCCUAACGUGAGCAGCAGAUCUACAAGCAGCAAAUAUCCUCCUCCUUGUCCAUAUGUAGCUGGACCCAAAUAAAGUCACGUUCCCCCACACAAUCUCACAGAUUUACAUACAGGCUUUAAGGUUGAGUAUCUGAUCUGACAGAAGAAUGACCUGAAAGGGAUGUUUUUACUUUGCAUUAUCAGUGUUUUAUGUGGACAGUGUUGCCUUUUGUGCAAGAUAGUCUUGAGUUAACGAGAAAAGAAGUCCGCCACCAGCCUUUUGAUCCUCAGUCCUCUCAGCUGUUUAGCAUUACAUUCAAAUUGCUGUUUACAAAAAUUCGGAGGACAGACUUAAAGGUUUUAUUUCCUCCCCCCUCGCUUUCUUGUUUUGUUUGUCUUUGAAAUGCAUUUCAGUAUUAUCUAUUUGUCAGCCAAGCAACAGUUGGAAGUAUUCCUGUUUGUCAGUGUGAAUAUGUGUGGUCGUUUUGUUUCUGAUCAAAACUUUUUUACCUGGUUUCACUUAACCCUACCACAUUUUGUCAUCCAAUGGAAAGACACUCCUUUCUAGAAAAGUACUGAUGCAUAUGUUAUAAACGUUUGCGGCGAACGAUGCCAAGUUCUCAAACUGGGGGAAAUCGAGUUGGACUUAUGGGAGAAACUAAAGUUGGCUCUGUAUGCUGACUUUUUAAUUGUAUGUAUAUCUUUAAGGUACUGUUUAUGUGUGUCAAAAUGUACACUCCUCCAUAAAUGGUGCAGUCUUUCAAUUUUUUUUGACAACCCAUACUGUGCUUAUGGUCAAGGACUUUGAGAGGGAGCUACACAAAGUGACAUUUUUACCUUUUUUAUGUCUUGAAUGUGCAAACUGGUAAAAAUAGAAAGAAAAAUCUGCACUUACAGUUUUUGGUUUUCAACCAGAAAACACACAACCUCCAUUGAGAGCGAAUGGUGUUUUUACACAAAGGUGAAAAUAAGUUAAAGGACUACCCUGUGUUAUUCCUGUUGGCGUGCCUAUGGAGAUAUAAUGAAAUCUAUCGCACUAGCCAAUCCCCAGGCACUAUUUUCUUAUGCAGUGGGGGUUGAGGGCUCCCACAUGUGUUUUUUAUACACCUGAUCCAGGCAGGAUAGCUGUGGGGUAGUGCCGGGCUGCUCCUUGUGUUUUUAAUCUCACCUCUGGACCACUCGCGACCCUCACACCUCACACGAUACCCACUCCCUGGGAAGAGAGAGAGGGAAGGAGGCUUCGGAGACAACAGAGCAGCCUUUGUUGUUCCUACCUGAACUCUCUCCCCAACAACCUCACCAUUUCUAACAAAGGGAUUUCUACGGCCAACAUGUUGGUAAUGUACACGCCUUUCACCGGCCCUGCUUUCACAACCAAGCUGAAAAAUAGAAAGCAACGGUAUGUAUUAAAGCCUAUAAAUUAUUAUUGCGGACUUUGUAAAAAAGAAAGUGGUGACCAUAGUUUGUUUUUUUAUUGUUAAGUUAUAUAAAUUGAGAUUUUUCUUUUUUUGUUUGUUUUGAUAGAGACUGGAUAAUCAAUCCAAUGACCAAAUGCAUAUCUCCUUGUAUUGUCCAAGUUGCCCUUAUGUAACAUUUCUUUUAUAAAACAGUUGUUUCUUGGUCAAAGCAAAUAAUGAAUGAAUAAACCUCUGAAUGAAA